AACCUCAAUAACAAUCGACACUUAUCGGUUCCUUUACUUUCUCGUACACGUUUUCGCUAACAGUGAAGUGUUUUAGGGCUUACUUUAUUUUUAGUUGUCAACUAAAAUAAAAUUUAAAAAUGACCAACUCAAAAGGUUAUAGACAUGGUACUAGGGACUUGUUUUCCCGAAAAUUCCGCAGACAUGGAGUCAUUCCUUUGUCAACAUACAUGAAAGUGUAUAAAGUUGGCCAGAGAGUUGAUAUUAAGGGUAAUGGAGCUGUUCAAAAAGGUAUGCCAUACAAAGUCUACCACGGUAAGACUGGAAGAGUAUUCAAUGUAUCCAAACACUCUCUUGGAGUAAUUGUUAACAAAAGGGUCCGUAAUCGCAUUAUUGCCAAAAGAAUAAAUAUUCGUAUUGAGCAUGUCAACCCAUCUAAAUGCCGUGAUGAUUUUAUCAAACGUGUAAAAGAAAACGAAGAGAAAGUUGCUGAUGCUAAAAAGAAGGGAAUCAGAGUGAGCCUAAAACGCAAACCUCAAGGACCCCGUCCAGGUCACAUAGUAAGAGGAACAGAACCAAUCAGUCUAGCUCCUCUACCUUAUGAAUUCAUUGCUUAAUUGCUGUUUUAAAUAUAAAUGUAUAAUUUAAACACA